GUUAGAAUGGGCGACGCUGCUAUGAGAGAGUUUGGGUCGGCUGCUCCUUAUUUGAGAAAGUCAGACAGGGAGCGCUUGGAGGCUCAGACUCGUCUAUUUGACAUGAAGAAGGAAUGUUUUGUUCCUGACCCUGAGGUUGAGUUCGUCAAGGCAUCUAUUAAGAGUCGAGAUGGCGACAAGGUCACUGCUGAGACCGAGUUUGGAAAGACUGUGACAGUGAAGGAGAUUGACGUACAUCCUCAGAACCCGCCAAAGUUUGAUAAAAUUGAAGACAUGGCCAUGUUCACUUUUCUCCACGAGCCCGCUGUGCUGUUUAACCUCAAAGAGCGUUACGCGGCAUGGAUGAUCUAUACCUACUCCGGGCUGUUCUGUGUGACUGUCAACCCCUACAAGGCGCUGCCAGUCUACAACCAAGAGGUGGUUGUUGCCUACAGAGGAAAGAAGAGGAGUGAAGCUCCUCCUCACAUCUUCUCCAUCUCUGACAACGCUUACCAGUACAUGCUGGCAGACAGGGAAAACCAGUCCAUUCUUAUCACUGGAGAAUCCGGUGCUGGAAAGACUGUCAACACCAAGAGAGUAAUACAAUACUUUGCCAGCAUUGCUGCGGCUCCAAGUGGAAAGAAAGAUGCAGCUGCUGAGAAGAAGGGUACCCUGGAGGAUCAAAUCAUCCAGGCAAACCCGGCUCUGGAAGCUUUUGGAAAUGCCAAGACCAUCCGAAAUGACAACUCGUCCAGAUUUGGUAAAUUCAUCCGAAUUCAUUUUGACAACCGAGGAAAGCUGGCCUCUGCUGAUAUCGAAACUUACCUUUUGGAAAAGUCUCGUGUGACCUUCCAACUCAAAGCUGAAAGAGACUACCAUAUUUUCUACCAGAUCUUGUCUCAGGUGAAACCUGAACUUCUGGAAAUGUUGCUCAUCACCAACAACCCCUACGACUAUGCAUUCAUCUCCCAAGGAGAGACAACUGUCGCUUCCAUCAAUGAUGCUGAGGAACUCAUGGCCACUGACGAUGCAUUUGAUGUGCUGGGCUUCACCCAAGAAGAAAAGAACAGCAUUUAUAAGCUAAUAGGUGCCAUUAUGCACUAUGGUAACAUGAGGUUUAAACAGAAGCAACGAGAAGAACAGGCAGAGGCUGAUGGUACUGAAGAUGCUGACAAAGUUGCUUAUCUAAUGGGCCUGAAUUCUGCUGACCUCAUCAAAGGUCUCUGUCAUCCAAGAGUUAAAGUAGGAAACGAGUGGGUAACUAAGGGACAAAAUGUCGCCCAGGUGUACUAUGCUGUUGGUGCACUGUCAAAGUCAGUGUAUGAAAAAAUGUUUCUGUGGAUGGUGAUGAGGAUUAACCAAUCGCUGGACACCAAGCAGCCUCGCCAGUACUUCAUUGGAGUUCUGGAUAUUGCUGGAUUUGAGAUCUUUGAUUUCAACACCUUCGAGCAGCUUUGUAUCAACUUCACCAAUGAAAAACUGCAACAGUUUUUCAACCAUCACAUGUUUGUGCUGGAGCAGGAAGAAUACAAAAAAGAAGGCAUUGAAUGGACUUUCAUAGAUUUUGGAAUGGACUUGCAGGCCUGUAUUGACCUAAUUGAAAAGCCCAUGGGUAUCAUGUCCAUCCUUGAAGAGGAGUGCAUGUUCCCCAAAGCCAGCGAUGCAACCUUUAAAGCUAAGCUCUACGACAACCACUUAGGGAAAUCCAACAAUUUCCAGAAGCCCAGAAUAGUCAAAGGGAGACCAGAGGCCCAUUUUGCCCUGAUGCACUAUGCUGGCACUGUUGAUUACAAUAUCAACAACUGGCUGGUGAAGAACAAGGAUCCUCUAAAUGAAACUGUUGUUGGGCUUUACCAGAAAUCAACCGUUAAGAUGCUGGCUUUCCUCUUUGCAAAUUAUGCAGGAUCGGACUCAGAACCUGCCACUAAGGGUAAAGGUACCAAGAAGAAAGGUUCAUCCUUUCAAACAGUAUCUGCCUUACAUAGGGAGAAUCUGAACAAACUGAUGACCAACCUGAGGUCUACUCACCCCCACUUUGUACGUUGCAUCAUCCCCAAUGAGACCAAGACUCCUGGAGCCAUGGAGAACCCUCUGGUGAUGCACCAGCUGCGCUGUAACGGUGUGCUGGAAGGCAUCCGAAUCUGUAGGAAGGGCUUCCCCAACAGGAUCCUCUAUGGAGAUUUCAAACAGAGGUACCGCAUCCUAAACCCAAGUUCUAUCCCAGAGGGACAGUUCAUUGAUAACAAGAAAGCAGCUGAGAAAUUGUUAGGCUCUUUGGACAUCGAUCAUAACCAGUACAAACUGGGGCACACCAAGGUGUUCUUCAAAGCAGGGCUCCUUGGUUUGCUUGAAGAGAUGCGAGAUGAUCGUUUAGCUCUGAUAAUUACCCGAAUCCAGGCAAGGUCACGUGGUGUUCUGGCAAGAAUUGAAUUCCAGAAAAUUGUUGAACGCAGGGAUGCACUACUUGUUAUCCAAUGGAACAUCCGUGCCUUCAUGGGGGUCAAAAAUUGGCCCUGGAUGAAGAUGUUCUUUAAGAUCAAACCCCUUCUGAAGUCAGCAGAGACUGAGAAAGAAAUGGCCAACAUGAAGGAAGAAUUUACCAAAUUAAAAGAAGCUUUUGCAAAAUCAGAAGCACGGAAAAAAGAACUGGAAGAGAAAAUGGUCUCACUUCUCCAAGAGAAAAAUGACCUACAGAUACAAGUUCAAGCUGAGCAAGAUAAUCUUUGUGAUGCUGAAGAAAGAUGUGAGGGGCUGAUUAAGAGCAAGAUUCAGCUGGAGGCAAAAAUUAAAGAACUGUUAGAAAGACUAGAAGAUGAGGAGGAGAUGAAUGCCGAUCUAACAUCCAAGAAGCGAAAAUUGGAAGAUGAGUCCUCUGAGCUCAAGAGGGACAUUGAUGACUUAGAAUUAACCCUUGCUAAAGUGGAGAAGGAGAAACAUGCCACUGAAAACAAGGUGAAGAACCUGACUGAGGAAAUGGCUGCUUUGGAUGAAAUUAUCGCCAAGCUGACCAAAGAGAAGAAAGCCUUACAAGAAGCUCAUCAACAAACACUGGAUGACCUUCAGAGUGAAGAAGACAAAGUCAACACUCUUACCAAGGCCAAGUCGAAACUAGAGCAGCAAGUGGAUGAUCUGGAAGGAUCCCUGGAGCAAGAGAAAAAAGUGCGAAUGGACCUUGAAAGGGCAAAGCGAAAGCUUGAAGGGGACUUAAAAUUAACUCAAGAGAGUCUUAUGGACUUAGAAAAUGACAAGCAACAACUUGAAGAGAGGCUGAAAAAGAAAGAUUUUGAAAUUAAUCAAUUUCUGAGCAAAAUAGAGGAUGAGCAAGCCAUGAGUACACAGCUCCAGAAAAAAUUGAAGGAGUUGCAGGCCCGCAUAGAAGAGCUGGAGGAAGAGCUCGAGGCAGAGCGAGCUGCUCGAGCCAAGGUGGAAAAGCAGAGGGCAGACUUGGCCAGAGAGCUGGAGGAGAUCAGUGAGAGACUAGAGGAGGCUGGUGGAGCAACAUCUGCCCAGAUUGAGAUGAACAAGAAGAGGGAGGCUGAGUUCCAGAAACUCCGCCGAGACCUGGAAGAGGCCACGCUGCAGCAUGAAGCUACUGCGGCCACUCUGAGAAAGAAACAAGCUGACAGUGUGGCUGACUUGGGGGAGCAGAUUGACAACCUACAGAGAGUCAAGCAGAAACUGGAGAAGGAGAAGAGUGAACUCAGACUGGAACUGGAUGAUGUUGUCUCCAAUAUGGAACAUAUUGUUAAGGCAAAGAGUCAUUUGGAGAAAAUGUGCAGGUCUCUGGAAGACCAGAUGAGUGAAUAUAAAACAAAAGCAGAAGAGGGACAGCGUACCAUCAAUGACUUCACCAUGCACAAAGCCAAACUUCAAACUGAAAAUGGUGAACUUGCAAGGCAACUUGAGGAGAAGGAUUCCUUGGUGUCACAACUCACUAGAGGAAAGCAGUCCUACACUCAACAAAUUGAAGACCUUAAAAGGCAACUGGAAGAGGAAGUCAAGGCCAAGAACGCAUUAGCCCAUGCUGUGCAGUCUUCUCGCCACGACUGCGACCUGCUCAGAGAGCAGUAUGAGGAAGAACAAGAGGCCAAGGCCGAACUGCAGCGCGGCAUGUCCAAGGCCAACUCUGAGGUGGCUCAGUGGAGGACCAAGUAUGAAACUGAUGCCAUCCAGAAAACUGAAGAACUGGAGGAGGCUAAGAAGAAGCUGGCCCAGCGUCUGCAGGAUGCCGAGGAAGCUGUAGAAGCAGUGAAUGCCAAAUGUUCCUCUCUGGAGAAAGCAAAACACCGAUUGCAAAAUGAGAUUGAAGACCUCAUGGUGGAUGUGGAGAGAUCAAAUGCUGCUGCUGCUGCUCUGGACAAGAAGCAAAGAAACUUCGACAAGGUCUUGGCAGAGUGGAAACAGAAGUACGAAGAGUCUCAAACAGAGUUAGAAAGUUCUCAAAAGGAGGCAAGAUCUCUGAGCACAGAGCUUUUCAAACUCAAGAACUCCUACGAAGAAUCCCUCGAGAACCUUGAGACUCUGAAGAGAGAAAAUAAGAACUUGCAAGAGGAAAUAUCUGACCUCACUGAACAAAUCAGUGAGGGUGGAAAGAGCAUCCAUGAGCUAGAGAAGAUUCGAAAGCAGUUGGAACAGGAGAAGUCUGACAUCCAAACUGCUCUGGAAGAAGCAGAGGCCACGUUGGAGCAUGAGGAAGGAAAAAUUCUCAGGGUCCAGCUUGAAUUCAGUCAAGUGAAGGCUGAAAUUGAGCGCAAGCUGGCUGAAAAAGAUGAAGAGCUGGAGCAAGCAAAGAGAAACCAACAGAGGGUCGUGGACAACCUUCAGAGCGCCCUUGAGGCUGAGACCCGAAGCAGGAACGAGGCCCUUCGUUUGAAAAAGAAGAUGGAGGGAGACCUCAAUGAAAUGGAGAUCCAAUUAAGUCAAGCCAACCGGCAGGCAGCCGAAGCACAGAAGCAACUCAAAUCUGUUCAUGCGCAUCUGAAGGAUUCCCAACUCCAACUUGAUGAGUCUCUUCGUGCCAAUGAUGAUCUUAAAGAGAACAUCGCCAUUGUGGAGAGACGGAACAACCUGAUGCAGACCGAGCUGGAGGAACUGAGGGCUGCUCUCGAACAAGCUGAGAGAAGUCGCAAACUUGCUGAGCAAGAGUUGCUGGAUGUUAGCGAAAGGGUGCAGCUGCUGCACUCACAAAAUACUGCUCUGAUAAACCAAAAGAAAAAAUUGGAAGCAGAUACCUCCCAGCUUCAGACGGAAGUAGAAGAUGCCGUCCAGGAAUGCAGGAAUGCUGAGGAGAAGGCCAAGAAGGCCAUCACCGAUGCGGCCAUGAUGGCAGAAGAGCUGAAGAAAGAGCAGGACACCAGUGCUCACCUGGAGCGUAUGAAGAAGAACAUGGAGCAAACCAUCAAAGACCUGCAGCACCGACUGGAUGAAGCUGAACAAAUUGCAAUGAAGGGAGGGAAAAAGCAAAUACAGAAGCUUGAGACUCGGGUAAAGGAACUUGAAAAUGAGGUGGACAUUGAACAGAAAAAGGCUAAUGAAGCUGUCAAGGGUGUUAGGAAGUAUGAAAGACGCAUCAAAGAACUUACAUACCAGACAGAAGAAGACAAAAAAAAUCUAGUGCGUCUUCAAGAUCUGGUGGAUAAGCUUCAACUUAAGAUCAAAGCCUACAAGAGAACAACUGAGGAUGCAGAGGAACAAGCCAACACCAACCUCACCAAGUUCCGUAAGAUUCAACAUGAGCUUGAUGAAGCUGAGGAGAGAGCUGACAUCGCCGAGUCUCAAGUCAACAAGUUACGUGCCAAGAGUCGGGAUGCUGGCUCAAAGAAAGCUUUUGAUCGAGAGUGACCCCAACCGCAUGAUGGAUCUUCUGCUGUUUUGUUUCUGAUGUUUUGAAUGUUAUGUAAAUGUCUCCAUAAGCAUGUUUUUGGUCAGUAGAAUAAAUUGGAGUGUGCAUCUAAAAGA